AUGCCGCACAACGAAAGUUCAGCACCUGAAAAUGCCUUUUUAUUGCCGCCAGAGGAGGAUCAAGUCGAUGUAGAAGUCGGUGGCUCUGGUUUCUGGUGUCUUUGCAUCCAGCACGCAUCAAAGCAAGCCCAACUUACGAGUGGCGACAGAACGUCGGAAUAUCUAAUGUACCUCUUGCUCGUCGUCAUUUUUCAGACCACUCUUCUUCCCUCUGCCAUAUUCGGAUUCUCUGCGACUCUCAGUGGAAUCUUGCUCUCUCGCUGGGUCGGCACAUUGGUCGACAGCCACCCAAAGCUUUCGCUGGUAAGAACUUGCAUAUUCAUUCAGAAAACAUCGGCAGCAAUCGCGUAUGCAGCAUUUGCUCUUCUACUCUCAACGCCCCAGCAACCACCCAGCCUGCAAGACGAGUACAAUCUUCUCAACUAUUCUGCCAUUGUUCUCUGUGGAUGUGCAUUACGCGUGUCGACAAUAUGCAUCCAAAUAGCAGUCGAACGGGACUGGGUCACCUGUAUCGCCCACGGCUCUGACCGUGCGCUCUCCCGCCUCAACGUCUCCCUUCGUCGUGUCGACCUCUUUUGCAAUCUGACCGCUCCACUCGUUGUUUCCAUAUUCACUACACUGCUCUCCUAUCGCACAACAAGUCUCUUGAUGUUUGCCGUAUCCCUCCUCACUAUGGGGUUCGAACUCUAUUGGAUCGAUGUGGUCUAUAGCUCCUUUCCGAGGUUGCAUGCAGAACAAAGAGCGUCGGAAUCACCUUUGGAGGAACCAAGGGGAUGGAAAUCUGCUCUGGCCAACCAACUCAACGACUGGUCGGAAUUUAUUCAAUUACCCGUCUUUCUCUCCUCAGUCGCCCUCUCACUGCUUUAUAUCACCGUUCUCUCUUUCGAUGGCAAUAUGUUAGGCUACCUGAAAACUAAAAAGUUUGAAGAUUCCUUUCUAGCAGCGAUGAGAAGCCUCGGAGUCAUCACCGGUCUCCUAGGCACGUUGGUGGCGCCUGCAUUGGAAACUCGAUUGGGUUCGGCUCGCGCUGGGAGUUGGAGUAUAUGGUCAGAAGCCAUCUGCCUCGUUCCUGUAACCUUUGCAUUCGCGCAGCAACUCCGCAAAAAUGAGAAAACCUUGCCCAGCGUGAGUAGUGCUCUGAUCUUUGGAGGAAUGGCUGCCUCGAGGGUCGGUCUAUGGUCAUUCGACCUCAUUCAGCUCAAGCAACUGCAAGAAGCGUUGGUAAAUCAUCCACGGCGGAAUACACUGACUGCCCUGCAAUUCUCCAUGGCCAAUAUGGCCGACUUGUUAAAGUAUGGUUCCUGGUCCUAA